AUGGCUCUCCUUUCCAAAGUCGGCGGCCUGCUGUGCGUGGGAAUCCUUCUCUUAGCGCUCGCCCUCACUCCUGCCGACGCCGGCAUGGUUGCUGAGAUUCCCGUGAGCAAGUUCGACGCCGGCAAGGCCUGCGGAACGUGUUACCAGGUUACCUGCAAGAACAGCAAGAGGUGCAACAAGGGCAGCAGCGUGACGGUGCGCGCGAUAAACAACGACGGCGACGGAUUCACGCUCAACAAUCCCGCGUGGGACAAAAUCGUCCGCGACCGAUCCGGCAGCGUGGAAGUCGAGUAUCGCAGCGUGGACUGCCCGACCAACGGCCGCGGCAUGGCGGUCAUGAUCGAGAAGAGCAGCGGCCCGUACUACUUCGCGCUUUACAUUCUGGGCGCGGCGAGGAACGCGGCGGUGGAGAAGGUGGAGCUUUCGACGGACGGCAACAAGUGGACGGGCAUGACGAGGGGCGGUUGGGGCGCGCGGUGGGAGCUGGCCACCGCCAAGGACGUCGUGGGCGCGGGGCGCAAGGUGAGCGUGCGCGUGACGGCGGCGGUCACCCAGCAGCAGGUGGUGCUGCAAGACGUGAUUCCCAGCAAGUGGAGCGCCGGGAAGACCUACGAGAGCAGCUCCAACUUCUAG